CGCACCUAUUUCUCACGCCGAGUCCUGUCCCAGUCUCUUAACUCUCCAUCGGACAAUUCUUAGCUCCAAUUUUAAUUGGACACAAAAGUUUUCUAUUGGUGAGUUCAUCUUUCUUUUUUAAAUUUUAAUUCUUAAUUUAUUUAGUAUGAUUAAGAACAUUAAAUAUUAAGAGAAAAGGAAAAUGAGUCCAACCAAUAACAAACGGACAUGUUAGAGGGUUGGACGCUAAGAAUUUUCCCGUCUCCAUCCCCCGCCCAACUAUAUAAUGCAACCAAAUUGCUUCUGCAUUGCAAUAACAGAACAAAAUUGGUCAACCAUGGGUAAACCAAUAACCACCAUGAGCUUUGCCUCCACCGGUACUUUCUUUUCCAUUCUGCUCAUUCUCGUUCUGUCGCACUACCAAUCUCCCACUGCCGCCGCCGCCGCCGACGACUUCCCACACCUAGAAAUUGCAGAAUCCGACGACCAAGUAGCUCCAUUUGAAGCUCCAGCACCCUCCCCGACCGACGAAGUCGAUAUAGGAGAUAAUUAUUAUGCGCCAUUUGAAGCUCCAGCAUCUUCCCCAACUGAUGAGCUUCUGUACGACGUCGAUUACGCUCCCCUCGAGUCUCCGUCCCCUGCUCCAGCAGAAGAAGAAGAAGACGAUUACCCGCCAUUCGAAGCUCCAGCGCCAAGCGAGUUCUCGUACGAGGGGGACGACAACUAUUAUGCUCCUCUCGAGGCUCCAUCGCCAACCCAAGAGGACGAUUAUGCCCCUAUUGAAGCUCCAGCGCCUUCACCCACGGAGGAUGAUGAGGACGAUUAUUAUGCCCCGGUUGAACCUCCAGCGCCUUCCCCCGCGGAGGAGGAGGACGAUUAUGCCCCUCUGGAGGCUCCAGCGCCAUCCCCAAUCGAAUCGGCGUCGUUGGGUGAUGAGGGCGAGGACUUGGCGGCGCCAUUUCAGGCUCCAUUGCAGCCGACGUCAGUAGUGGACGCGGAUACGAUGGAGGCGGAUGAUGACGACAGCAGCAUGGAAAUGAAUGCGGCGGAGGGAGGAGGAGGAGGAGGGUGGAGUAAAGCUGGAGUUGGGGUGUUGGGGAGCGCUUGCCUUUUGGGGAUUGGAGCGUUUGUGUACAAGGAGAAGAGGAGCAAGGGGGAUGCGCGGAGGCGACGGCGAGGAUGGGAUUACGAAUUCUUGUACAAGAAGAAGAACGAAACCUCAAUGUCCAAGAAGCACGAGGUUGAGCUCCCCAUGCUUGCUUGAUCAUGAAUUCAUGAUCAUAUAUCGUGCAGUAAUUUGUGGGCAGUGGAUCAAGAAAGGCUUUAUUGCUUAUUAAAUAAAAGUACAAAAGAGACAAUUCAAUUUAAGGAGACAUGCAUCUCUAGGAUUAUAACUAAGGCAGGGCAGCAGGUAUAUAAUUUUUCCAUUAUUUAACAUUUGCUUUUGUUUGUUGCCGUUCAUUUUUUUCUUCUUCUUCUUCCACAUUAUAAUUUCAUGUAUUAUGUCUUUGUCACCGUAAAUCACAAUUUGGUUGAACAUCUUGUCGAAUUUAACAUAGUGAUGAUGCUUUUUUUCCAAUCAAUACGAGACCCAGCAGCGAGCCAAGAGCCUUUUUUUUAUCUUUAUUGUUAUUUUCUAAGUGAUGUGGAAAAUAUUUAUGAAUUAUAUGAUAGGUCAUUGAGUAACGCGAGUCGUUAUUGGGAGACGAAAUUGAGAACACAAUCACCGUGUUAGAAACAUUGGAAUACAGUAUACAACUGACG